AUGUUGUCCCUCUUUCUCUUUCUAGUUUUCCUUUUUACCUGGGAUCAGGUCCUCGCCGCUCCCGCUGUCCCAAUCAUAGUUCCCAUCGGAAGCGUGAUCAAACAAUGCGCUGUCCCCGGCACAAUCGCUCUGACCUUUGAUGACGGCCCGGAGACCUAUACGGCCGACCUGAUAGCCCUGCUGGACGACUAUCAAGCGCACGCAACGUUCUUCGUGGUAGGGACCAGUCUCCAGUAUGCCGCGAACGCCGAAACUCUCAGGCAGAUGGCUGCGAGCGGGCACCAGAUCGGCGCGCACACCUAUGACCACGGCCAUCUGCCAAAUCUCUCGCGCGGAGAGAUCCAGAAAAAGAUGUACGCCGUGGAGACCGCCAUUCGCGACAUUCUCGGAUACGCACCGACAUAUAUGCGACCGCCGUACCUCGAGUCCACGCCCUUUGUGAACAAGGUCAUGGGAGAGAUGGCGUACCACGUCAUCGGCGCGGACGUUGACACAAAGGACUAUGAGAACGACAACCCCUGGUUGAUUGGGAACAGCUUCGACAAGUUCGUGGCCCAGUUGGAUGCCGGCGGGAGUGUGGUGUUGCUGCACGACAUUGAGCCCAUGGUGACGACGCUGACGCGCAUGAUUUUGGAUGAGCUGGAUAGUCGGGAGUUACGUGGUGCGUAUGUCGUGCCUGUUGGUAACGGGGAGUGCUAA